AUGGCUUCAAGACCGGAGCUCAAGGUUGAUGACGAAACCGGAUUCAUUCGUUCCUUUCGUUCUCUCCCACCGCGACCCGGCGGCAGCAAUACUAUCCGUGUCUUUGAUCGGGUCGAUUGGUACUCAGCGCACGGAGAAGAUGCAGAAUUCAUUGCGCGGACCGUCUACAAGACGACUGCUGUUAUCAGAAACCUCGGUCGCAGCGAAAAUGCGUUGCCCAGUGUCACCAUGUCGACCACCGUUUUCCGUAACCUCCUCCGAGAAGCACUGUUCAAGCUAGGCAAGAGAGUGGAGAUCUGGGAAGCCAGUGGGAAAGGACAAUGGAAACUCGCCCGGCAAGCUAGUCCUGGUAACUUGCAAGCGGUUGAAGAAGAGCUAGGUUCAGGUAUGGACAGCCAAGGUGAUAGUGCACCCAUAGUCCUGGCUGUCAAGGUCAGCGCCAAAGCAGGUGAGGUCAGAAGCGUUGGGGUUUGCUUUGCAGAUGCCAGCGUCAGAGAACUUGGCGUCAGCGAGUUCUUGGACAACGAUCUCUAUUCCAACUUCGAAAGCCUUCUUAUUCAAUUAGGCGUCAAAGAGUGUGUCGUGGCGGGAAGCCUCCAGAAAAAGGAUCCUGAACUGGCAAAGAUACAACAGAUCGCUGAUUCGUGUGGGAUUGCCGUUUCUGAGAGAUCUGCAGCUGAUUGGGGGACGAAGGACAUUGAGCAAGACCUGGCCAGGCUCCUGAAAGGCGAAAACGCCAUGGGACUUUUGCCCCAAACAGACCUCAAACUAGCAAUGGGUAGUGCAGCUGCACUCAUCAAAUAUUUGGGUGUCAUGACAGACCCCAGCAAUUUUGGACAGUACCGGCUAUACCAGCACGACCUUGGACAAUACAUGAAACUGGACGCAGCCGCACUCAGAGCUCUGAACCUCAUGCCUGGCCCUCGAGAUGGCGCCAAGAAUAUGAGCUUGUUCGGUCUGCUCAACCACUGCAAAACCCCGAUAGGCGGUCGUCUCCUUGCACAGUGGCUCAAGCAGCCACUAAUGAAUCUUUCAGAGAUCGAGAAGAGGCAGCAACUAGUGGAAGCUUUCGUCAUGGAUACCGAGCUUCGUCAAACCAUGCAAGAAGAACAUCUUCGCUCGAUCCCUGACCUAUACCGCCUGGCGAAGAAAUUUCAGCGCAAGCUCGCAAAUCUGGAGGAUGUGGUACGUGCGUACCAGGUUGUUAUCCGGCUUCCAGGCUUCAUCGAGGCCUUGGAAACUGUAGUCGACGAGCAGUAUCAAAUACCAUUGGAAGCACAGUAUACAUCGAAACUGAAAGAGUUAUCGAGCUUUCUGGGCAAAUUGGCUGAAAUGGUCGAGACUACUGUGGACCUCGACGCACUGGACCGCCAUGAGUUCAUUAUCAAACCAGAGUUUGAUGAGGAACUCAAGGUAAUUCGAGCCAAGCUUGACAAAGUCCAACACGCCAUGGACGUCGAGCAUCGUCGAGUCGGCAAGGAUCUUAGUCAAGAGCUUGACAAGAAGCUCUUUCUGGAGAAUCACAGAGUCCAUGGGCAUUGUUUCCGGCUAACGCGCAAUGAAGCGGGUUGUAUACGAAACAAGAAGGAUUACAAGGAAAUAUCGACGCAAAAGAACGGCGUUUACUUCACGACCAAUGCGCUGGCGGAGUCGAGGAGAGAGCACGAUCAGCUCUCAGGGUCUUACAAUCGAAAACAGUCGUCACUGGUGUCUGAGGUCGUUCAAGUAGCCUCAUCGUACACGCCAGUCAUUGAACAGCUUGCCGCCAUCAUCGCUCACUUGGAUGUGGUGGUCAGUCUAGCACAUGCUUCCGUCCAUGCUCCGACAGCGUACGUCCGCCCGAAGAUGUAUGGACGAGGCACUGGGGAUACCAUCUUAAAAGAAGCGCGCCACCCCUGUAUGGAAGCUCAGGACGACAUCAACUUCAUCACCAAUGACGUCGAAUUGAGGCGUGAUAGCUCCCGGUUUCUCAUCAUUACAGGUCCCAACAUGGGCGGUAAAUCGACAUACAUUCGCACAAUCGGGUGCAUCGCUCUCAUGGCUCAGAUUGGCUGUUUCGUGCCCUGCACCGAGGCAGAGUUGACCAUUUUUGACUGCAUACUGGCUCGCGUGGGAGCAUCAGAUUCUCAACUCAAAGGCGUCUCAACCUUCAUGGCGGAAAUGCUGGAAACUGCAAACAUCCUGAAAAGUGCCACUAGAGACUCGCUCAUAAUUAUCGACGAGCUAGGUCGAGGCACGAGCACAUACGACGGCUUCGGUCUUGCAUGGGCCAUCAGUGAAGAAAUAGUCGGGCAGAUCGGCGCGUUUGGGUGUUUUGCCACUCAUUUCCAUGAAUUGACUGCUCUGGCGGACAAGUUCCCGAACGCGGUCAGGAACCUUCAUGUAGUGGCCUUUGUGGGUGACCAGGACCAGGAUGUUGCCAUGACCAAUGGCGACGGCGACGCUGUUACUUCGAAUAAACGAAGGGAGGUCACCUUGUUAUACCGAGUUGAACCAGGCAUAAGUGACCAGAGCUUUGGCAUUCAUGUUGCUGAGCUUGUAAGGUUCCCAGAGAAGGUGGUCAGUAUGGCGAGACGCAAGGCGGAGGAAUUGGAAGACUUCACGAGUACGACUGGCGAACAGAAGGAGAACGAGUAUUCCAAGGAAGACGCGGAUGAGGCGAGCCGACUGUUGAAGGCUCUGCUGCAGAACUGGAAAGAGCAGGUUGAAGGAAAAGACAUGAGCAAGGACGAAAAAUUACGGCUGAUGAGGGAGAUGGUCAAGGGUGACGAGAAGUUGAUGAGGAAUCCCUUCUUCCACACUGUACAAACAUUGUGA